AUGUAUGCAUCAAAAGCCAAAAAAAUAUCAGAAGUCGAUGUGAAUUAUGAAGUGAUUCCUCCACGAUUUUCAGUUCAAGAUGCCGAAGAACUUCAGCAAGGUGUUGAUUAUUUAACUGAAUAUGGUUAUGCUGUAUUCAGUAAUAUUCUUACGGAUGAUGAAGUAAAUAAUAGUGUCGAUCUAUUAUGGAAACAUUUAGAAAAUCUAAAAAGACCGUGUUAUGUUCGACGUAAUAAUCCUGAAGCAUGGGAUAUAAAUUGGCCUGGAUCAACUAAUAUUGGUUUAUUAAAUGAUCAUGGUAUUGGUCAAUCAGAAUUUAUGUGGUAUUUACGUGGUGUUCCAAAUAUAAAAAAAGUUUUUUCUCAUAUAUGGAAUUCCAAUGAAUUAUUUACAUCUUUUGAUGGAGCGGGUUGUUUUCGUAAUUGGCAUUUCAAUAAAAAAUGGAAAACUGAUAGUGGUUGGUAUCAUUGUGAUCAAAAUCCAUUUAAAAAACCUGAUCGUUGUUCAGUACAAGGUUUUGUUUCUUUAACUGAUAAUAAUGAAUCAACGGGUGGCCUUGUUAUUGUGCCUGGUUCACAUAAAAACUUUAUUAAUUUACAAUUUCUUGUUGAUGAAGAACGUCUAUGGGGUGAUUUUGUAGCAAUGCCAUCUGAAGUAACCGAAACAAUACAUCCUCGUUUAGUUCAAUGUAAAGCAGGAGAUCUUAUUGUUUGGGAUUCACGAUGUAUUCAUUGUAAUACACCGGCUCUUAUUGAUAAACCGGAUUAUGAAACAUUUUCAAAAACACAAUUAUUACGUAUUGUGGCAUACAUUUGUAUGAGUCCAUUAUCCCUGUUUGAACCUGAUGGAGUUCGAUAUGAAAGUUUAGAAGAAUUUCGUGAAUUAAGAGAAGAUUUUGUGCGAGAUCGUGUUACAUGUACACAUUGGCCAUUGGAAUUAGCUACAGCUAGUCGAGCACCACAUAUAGAUAAAAUUCCAUUGAAACUCAAUGCAUAUCAACAUUCACUUAUUGUCGGUAAACAUGUUGAACCUGAGAAUGGAACCGAAGAAACUAUUUUUUAA